UAUUCGAGCUGCUUUCAGUUCCAAACACAACGCGCACAUUGCAUGGAUGUUGUUCUCGCAUCAGGUUGCUUUAUCGUCAGUAAUAUCGAUUUGUCUUGUUUUGAACGCGGGUAUAACGGAGUUAGAGUUCACAUCCUGUCCGAGGAGAGAUUUCCACCGCCUAUGCAGAGCUUUUGAGAGAAAAUAUCAGUGGAUUUUCCCUGAGUGAGCCGGUAUGGGACUCCCUGGCUGGGACUGCUCAGUGCUGCUGACGUACUUAUUCUGGGCCCUUGCUGGAGCUGACAGCUUUUUAGACAGUUUGCCUCCACCAGAAAACCUCAGCCUGUUAUGGGUCCCAAACACUCCGUGUGUGAGUGUACACUGGAGAAAACCGUCUGGCUUGGGCACAAACUGUCAAGUGAACUAUACUUUAGCAGUAUAUUAUGAGCAGAAAUGUCCUCCCAGGCAAAAUGCUUCAAAAAAAAUUAAAAAAGAGGAGUUGAGCUUUGAAGAUUGCAAUUUUAAAGAGGAUGAACUAUGUGUCAGCAUAACAACAAAUCCUAAGAACUGUGACAGUAAACUGGCCAGCAAAGAAGUAUACAAAGACCUAUCUCCACCGCCAGCCUUAGUGAAGAACUUCAGUUGUGUUUAUUAUGCUCGUACAAAGAUGAACUGCACAUGGACUGUCGAAAAUAGCCGUAACAUUAGCCUCUUUUACAGGGAAGAGGAAAAAAACAAUGGCACCCUAAAGCCUUGUAGGUUCUAUUUAUCUGAUGGACCCAUGAAGACAGGCUGUCACCUGGAUGAUGAAGUCCUUAAGCUUGAAGCAAAGGUUUACUUUGUCAUCAGUGGAACUGCAGAAAAUCACACGAUUAGCAACAACAGUUUUAUAAUAGAUUUACGCUCAGCAGUGAAACCGCCUAAGCCUAGGAUCAGCAUCAGACAGGAAGAUGAACGUCUCCGUUUUGAAAUAAGCAUUCCAGAUUAUCUACCACCGCAUUGUUGGAAAUACAAGUACAUGUACAUCAAAUGCAGUGACGUGACAGAAGAGUUAAAAGAAGAAAAAUCGACAUCUGUGGACUACGACGCAGCCUGCAAGUACACUGUUCGAGGGAAGGUCAUUUACUCUCAGUACUGUGGGGGGUACCAGGAUGUUGAGAGUGACGUGAGCGAACCUGAGUAUUAUGGUGAGGAUGGUGACCCAAAUUUGGCAUUUAAAGUUGCUAUGAUAAUCACCCCUUUAAUAGUGUGCUGCUGUCUCAUUGCAGCUAUUGUGCUGUUUAGGAGAAACAAGGAUAUCAUUCUCCCAAAGAUUCCUGAACCGUCCCUGUUUUUCAAGGAUAUGCUUAACAGUACUACUGAUGGACUUUCAAAGAACCUGGGUGGAGGAAAACUCUAUGUGCCUGUUAAAGAAGUUGUGGCAAGUGGAGUGAGCCUGGAACCAAAAUCUAUCCUUUUACACCCAAACCAUGAUACCUGGAAGAUGAACAUUCAGCUCUAUGCUUUCACUCUGAGCAAUUACACUCAUUUUCCAGUACAAUUAUGGCAAAGUAGAAAUGCAACUAUGGUUUACGGAUACCGGAUCGUCAACUUAACAUGUUGCUUCAUGUGUUUCUCCGUCAUGUUGGCAGGAGUUACCACAGAACCAGAUUUGAAACCACCUAAGGUCUACAUAACACAGAAAGGCCAACGACUCUGUUUUCAAGCAAGCACUCCAAACUCUCAAGCAGCACCACAAUGUUGGAAAUACAAAUUCAUAUACAGCAAAUGCAAUGGAAAGGAUGAAGUGAUUGAAAUGAGAAAUAACUCAACGUAUGUGGACUACGACGCAGCCUGCAAGUACACUGUUCGAGGGAAGGUCAUUUACUCUCAGUACUGUGGGGGGCACCAGGAUGUUGAGAGUGACGUGAGCGAACCUGAGUAUUAUGGUGAGGAUGGUGACCCAAAUUUGGCAUUUAAAGUUGCUAUGAUAGUCAUCCCUUUAAUAGUGUGCUGCUGUCUCAAUGCAGCUAUUGUGCUGUUUAGGAGAAACAAGGAUAUCAUUCUCCCAAAGAUUCCUGAACCGUCCCUGUUUUUCAAGGAUAUGCUUAACAGUACUACUGAUGGACUUUCAAAGAACCUGGGUGGAGGAAAACUCUAUGUGCCUGUUAAAGAAGUUGUGGCAAGUGGAGUGAGCCUGGAACCAAAAUCUAUCCUUUUACACCCAAACCAUGAUACCUGCAUCUAAUGCUGUGCUCUGAAAAUGGCCAGUAGUGGACUGACAAUGUGACAAAGUCUGGCUCUGAUUUCUAGCAGCUUAGUCGUAAAUCUAUACGCAACACUUGCCUUUUAAGAGCUACUUAGCUUUGUGCACGCCUUCAUUCUUCAUACUAGCUAAAGGACUGUCUUGCAUUCACAACUGUAUUGGGUAGAUUUGUGAUUGACUAAGUAGCUCUCUGAGCUCAUGUAUGAAUGAGGAAGUUACGGUGACAUUUCUUAACAAGCUCAGGAAAGCCAGACAUCAGGCACUGGAGGCUGCUAAUUGCAGAAAAUAUUCAAUAAAGAAAGAGACAUAUGAUGUGCCUGCAUACAGCAUUCCUCAGAAGUAUCAAAAGUCCUUCCCAUGCCAUGUGGCGGCACCGAGCUCCGUUUCCCUCGGCCAUUACAUACAGUAGCUAGGGUUACAGUGGGGGGCUGGUCCUCUGGUAACCGCGAGAGUUUGACUCCUCACUCGCAUCUGUAUUGCAGCGUGCCUUGCCAGAAGGCACCAUUUUCAUGAUGGUCUUUGGUAUGACCUGACCGUGAGUAGAACUCGUGAUCUCCCAAUUGAGAGGCAGACACGCUAACCACUAGGCCACUCACAGGUUACCUCAGAAGUAUAGGUACAGUAUAAUUCCCCACUUGGGUAACAAUGGAAAUAAAAAUACAUAACUUUGUAAAUAAAAUGCAGAGGCGCUGUAUAAGGGGAGGGAAAAUUAGGACAAUUCUAUGGUCCUGUUACUGACAGGAGCCCUAAAAUUUAUUAGAGCACUAGUUCAUGUGUUGUAAAAAUUAACUUGAUAUUUUUAUUCCACAGUGAAAUAGGUUACUUUUGCUUUCCUGAGUGUUUUAAAUUUCUCUUGUCUUUUAUCUGACUUUUAAUCAAUGCAGGCAAACUUUUAGCAAGCUAUUCAUAAUAAAUCAGUUGUCCCUGUCCUUGCCUGGUGCUAAGUCCAACAGAUGCAACUUCAAGCUCAAUUACAUUUAAACUGUAAAAGAUGGCCUUUUGCACAUUUCUUUACACUGUAUCAGUCUUACACCAAAUAGUGAUUUCUGCUGUGUGCAGAAUAUUGCAUGCAUGUCUCCACAGGGUCCAACGUGAUAUCUUUUCAUGGCAUGCAAAAUCCCUGGCGGUGCCCCUGAUAAAAGGACACUGAACAUCAAGCCAUCUUUCAUCAUCUGUCCUGCUUCUGUACAUCCUGAAAUUCAAUCGAAUAUAUGUUAUUUACCAGCUGGGAGGUCCGUAUCGUGAAAUACCGUGACCAAGGUCUUGAAAGUACUCAAGGCCUUGAAAGUAUUCAAGGCCGAGGUCACAGUAUUUCACCACACGGACCGACCUUAAGCUGGCAAAUAAUAUAUAAAUUUUUUUCUUUACCAAAUUCUAACAGAAAAUGAGAGCGCCUGAAAGGGAAAACCGAGCCGAGGCGAGCCGUCAUUUUGAAUCCUCAUUCACGGCUGUAAUGCAAAUGGCUUCCUCCUCAGUAUACACGUGCACUUCCAUGGCAGGAAAAAAAAACUACACUUUGCUGCCUAUGUAGUCCCCUAUUUAUACAAAUAGGAGUCAUUCAGGAUUCAGCCAUGUUUUUGCUCGGCGUUAGCAAGUUACAGGUUUUUAGCUUUCUCUUGAAAUGUCCUCUUUAAUUUUGUCUUCCUCAGGGUAGUAAAACUCGCUUUUGCUGUGAACACUGUCGUUAUCGCUAUCCAUGCUGUAGAAUUAAUGCUAUUUUGAAUCCUUAUUCACGGCUGUAAUGCAAAUGGCUUCCUCCUCUGUAUACAAGUGCACUUCCAUGGCAGGGAAAAAAAUACAUUUUGCCACCUAUGUAGUCCCCUAUUUAUACAAAUAGGAGUCAUUCAGGAUUCAGCCAUGUUUUUGCUCGGUGUUAGCAAGUUACAGGUUUUUAGCUUUCUCCUGAAAUGUUUUCUUUAAUUUUGUCUUCCUCAGGGUAGUAAAACUCGCUUUCGCUGUGAACACUGUCAUUAUCGCUAUCCAUGUUGUAAAAUUAAUGCUAUUCUCCUGAGAAAUGCUGGCAAAAAUUUAUAAGAUUUUUGAUAAUCUUAUAAAUAAAUCUUGUAAAAAAAAAGAUAAAUGUUGACAAAAAAUGCGACUAUGUUUGUCGUUGUUGUGAACGAGCGAGUCGCCAGAGGUCCGUAACCGGGGUCCGAAACGUAGGAUACGGACCCGCUCGCCAGCCAAUCAGAGCACAGGAUUUGGACCGUGAAAAAAAUAAUUAACAGUUAUUCCAUGAAAUCAAGUCAUACAUGAGCUGAUAGCCGAUGAGGCAUGUAGCGCUGAGUUGGCUAUAAUCCAUGUAUGAUGAGAUUGAGUGGAAUAACUUUUAUUCUAUCCACAUUCACUGGAUUUUGAGAAACAGAGCAUUUUUAUUUUUUGCAAAUUUGAUAAAUAAAAACUUUAUACAAACCGUCCAACAAAAUCAUUUCCACUUAGAAUUCAAACUGGUGAAAUAACAGUAGCAAUUUGUGAAAAAAUGCAAUAAUAAUUCUUGAAAAAUAAAAAAGAUAUGUUCUUACCAUCAAAUACUUUUAUUCCAUAUUUUGUUGUUUUUUUUUUUUUGGGGGGGGGGUUCUGCUUCUUCUUCUUUAGGUUUUUUUUUUGGCAGUUGGCAAACCAACUUAAAGGUGCAUUACUGCCACCAACUGGGCUGGAGUGUGGAACAGGAGAUAUGGGGGGGGGAACCUAGCUAUAUUAGCUAUUUCUGUUUCUUUUAAAUACUUGAUAACAAUUUUUGGGGCUUUGUUUUAGAGUAGACUUUUUAUUUCGUCCUUGGUUGGUUCAGCAACACGCUCUGCCAUUUUGUUUUUCUCUAUUCACAGUGUAUGAACUAAUAGCCGAGUAGUAGUGUCGCCAAUCAGAGUGCGCGAUUGCUCAUAUCCAGUGAAUGUGGAUAGAAUAAUAUAUGGAUGUAUAGUAUUCAUCAGAAUAUCUGUAAGGUUUUCUGCAUAUUUUGCUCUGUAAAUUAAACUGAAUAUGGUUAACUAU